CUUUAGUUUCUGAACAUUACAAUAUUUUAGCUGUACAGAAUCUAUGAUGCAAUGUUUACUGUCAAAUAAAAUGUAGAAUAAAACGCAAAAAUCUUUCAACAACAAGCUGGUCAGCACGCCCGUGGCACAGAGUAACUCGACCAGAGAUCCAGAGUCCAGACUGUGGACCCGAUACUUUCGGCGAGAUAGGACUAGAAAAAACACCCGCCUAGGAACUAUACUAAAAGAAACUGAUUGAUUUAACAUACAAUUGAGAGAUCAUACAAGAAAUGGGUCAGUUGGAGAAAAUGGAGGAAAAGCCGUCGCCGCAAACCUUCGGUCCCGGAGAGACAUGGCGGAUCCUGAAAAAUGUUGUGGUUAUCAGCUUAGCCUUCAUGGCGCAGUUCACAGCUUACAGUGGAGCUGCUAACCUUCAGAGCUCGAUCAACGCUGAAGCAGGCCUGGGUACAGCCUCCUUGGCUGCAGUCUAUGUCGGACUUGUCUUCUCCAAUAUAUUUCUACCAUCAGCCGUUAUUAAAUGGCUAGGCACGAAAUGGGCGAUAUCCCUCUCGUUCGUGACGUAUAUGCCGUACAUCGCUGCUCAGUUGUACCCCCGCUUCUACACGCUCAUACCGGCCGGCCUUAUCGUCGGCCUGGGCGGAGGGCCACUAUGGUGCGCCAAGUGCACUUACAUCACUGUAGUGUCAGAAGCUCACAGCAGUAUUUCGAAGAUCAACGCCGAGGCGCUUCUUGUAAGGUUUCUUGGACUGUUCUUCAUGAUUUUCCAAAUGAACCAAAUUUGGGGGAACCUCAUCUCAUCACUCGUGUUGUCCUCCGGCAACAACACGGCAGCUGUGACAGCUGUCAACGUCAGCCUGAUACCAGACGUGUGCGGCGCUCACUUCCUACCCAGCGCCGACGCAGCACAGGCCUUGCAACCACAACCGCCUGAGAAGAUCCAGAUGAUCGCUGGUAUUUACCUGGCUUGUAUGGCUGGUGCUGCUCUCAUAGUCGCAGUUGGUGUUGACUCAAUGAAGAGGUACGAAGCUCACAGGAAGCCGACAGAGGGCGCCUCUUCAGGGGUGGGUCUGCUGGCGAUGACGGUGAAGCUGCUGGUGGAGCCCAACCAGCUCCUGCUCAUCACCAUCAACAUUUUCGUCGGCCUCGAGCAGGCUUUUUUCGGCGCCGACUUCACUGCUGCCUUCGUAUCCUGUGCAGUGGGGACAGGCACCGUGGGAUAUGUCAUGCUGGUGUUUGGCAUCGCUGACGCUAUAGGGUGCGUCGUCACUGGGUACAUAGCAAAGGUGACAGGUCGCAUCCCCCUGAUGUGUCUCGCCACGAUAGUCCAUGGUGGUCUACUAAUAGCCAUGAUGGCGUGGAGACCUCAAGCCGGGGAGACUCACAUCAUGUACAUCAUGGCUGUGCUGUGGGGACUGUGUGACUCCGUGUGGCUCGUGCAGGUCAACGCUUACUACGGUAUCCUGUUCCCGGGAAGAGAAGAAGCCGCUUACGCCAACUUCAGACUGUGGGAAUCCAUGGGCUAUAUAAUAGCCUACAUCAUAUCUCCAUACUUCAGGACCAGUGACAAAAUAUACCUCAUUCUCGCGACAUUAAUCGUUGGCGUCAUUGCCUACUUCAUAGUGGAGUAUAGAGAUAGGAAAACUAAGAAGUUCGAAAUUAAUGUUAAAGACACUAAUGGUGAAAAGGGACAUGACAACUUUGCGUUCCAUAAAACGGAAUGAUAAAAACGUAAAUAUUGGUUUAUGUAAUAAGUAAUCUGCGAUCUGAUAUUGGUUAGGACAACCCUACAUCGCAUCAUAUGAAUGAAUUUACUUGUAUAUUUUUGUAAAUUGGCACUUACCUUGUUACUCUCUUGAAUAGUGAAAAUAAACUUGUAUAUUUUAUUUCAUAGUCCUAAAUUUUACGGGAACUUAAAUAUUGUUGCUUCAUAAUGUUAAUCUGGUUCCAAGUGUACGUUGUUUCUUAAUAAACGUCUUACUUAUAUUAAGUAAGAAAACAGUU